UUCAGUGUUAUGAAAGGUCUGAAGUGAUUGUGUUGGGUAACACGGGUCUUCUGGUUACACAAGUUCACGUGUAAUGCAUGUCUCUUUUUCUCAGAACACACCGGAGAUAACUUGUCCUGAAACAGUCCGCGAUCUCACAGCUGCAACAGAAUGGCCAAGAGAAAAGAUACUAAGCAGAAAACGGACACAAAGAAACCGAAGCAGAUUGCAAAGAACAAACCAGCACCCAAAACGCAAAAAAUCAAAGAAAAUGGCAUGUUGGUGAAAAACAACCUCAAAAACUGCAAAGUGGGAUCUCGAGCAUCCAAAAUGGCCAAAGAUCCCUCUGACAGGAAGACAAGCAAGUACUUCCAGGACAUCAAAGUUAAAGCAGAAGAGCCUGAAGACAUGAGUGACAACAGUGAGGAGAUGAGUGCCAAGUUCAUAGAGUUUUCACCAUCAUCAAAACAAGUGAAAGUAGAAGAGGAAGAGAGUGAGGAUGAGGAUGAUGACUGGCAGGAGGUAGAAGAGAUGGCAGAACCACUCAGUUCUGAGACCUCAACAGAACUAGCAGUUGCUUCAAAACCUGUGGAGAUUGAGAUCGAGACACCAGACAUGGCUCGCAAGAGAGAGAGGAAGGAGAAAAGGAAAGCAGAGUUUGAAACUUAUCUGCGCCGAACCAUGAAAAGAUUUAACAAGGAGGUGCUAGAAGAUACACACAAGGUCCACCUGCUAUGCUUAUUGGCCAGCGGAUUUUUUCGAAACAGACUCUGCUGUGAGCCUGACCUGUUGGCUAUUACCUUGUCAAUACUGCCUACCCACUUCACCACAGUUGCCACAAAACAUGUAAACAUAGCCUUCUUGGAGGGGCUUCUUAAAUGGUUUCAAGUGAAGUUUACGCUUAACCCCGCCUUACCUGAGGAAAAAGGUGGGGAUUUGAAGAUGGUGCUGGAAAAGCGAAUGGGCUGUUUAUCAGUGAGAGACCAUGAGGAGAUGACCUAUCUGUUCUUAUUGGUGCUGAGAUCAUUGCAACUCUUCUGCCGGUUGGUGCUGUCACUACAACCCCUACCUUUCAAGCCACCACCUGCCAAUAAGAAUAAAGCCAAAACUACUAAGAGUCCUCCUGCCAAAGUGAAGUCUGAGAAUCCUUCCCCAGAUCCUAAGAUCUCCCCUGGGUCCAAACGCCCUUCAGUGAAAGACACUGAACUAAAAGAAGAAAGGGGUGGAAAGAGAAGGAAAAAGAAAGACGGAGGAGGAGAGGAGACAUCAGGAGGACAAAAACCCAAAAACACCAGAAGAAGAAGUGUAGCUUCAAAAGUAUCAUACAAAGAAGUCAGCAGUGAGGAGGAGGGGCAGAGCGAGGAGGAGUUUCAGCCAAACAAUGAUGAUGAAAGUGAAGACUCCGACUGUAAGGACAUGAAAAUUAGUAGAAAAUCUAAGGUCCAAGAAAUGGUCAAAAGUCAGGCUCCUCAGAGGUCGAGUGGGAUCAAGGAGGAGGAUAAAAGUGAAGAGGAGGAGGAGGAGGAGGAGAAGGUAAAGAAACGGAGAUGUAAAAAAAAGGAUGGCAAAGGUGCAGAUGAGUGGUUAGAGGUUUAUUUGGAAAGCACCAGGAGGUGGGUGUGUGUUGAUGUGGCUCAAGGGGUUGAGCAGCCACUCCUUUGCACUGACCAGGCGACACAACCGAUCACUUAUGUGGUGGCCGUGGAUGAUGAGGGUUACCUGAAGGAUCUUAGCAGCAGGUAUGACCCUACUUGGCUUACAUCGUCACGGCGACGGCGUAUCGACGCAGAAUGGUGGGAGGAGACUAUGGAGCUCUACAAGUCUCCAGAUUCUGAGAGAGAACAGAAAGAGGACCAGGAGAUGCAGGCAAAGUUAAUGGAUAAGCCAUUGCCAACAUCAGUAUCAGAGUAUAAGAACCAUCCACUGUAUGCUCUAAAGAGGCACCUGCUGAAAUAUGAGGCUCUCUACCCCGCUACAGCCGCCGCCUUGGGGUACUGCAGAGGAGAGCCCGUUUACUCACGAGACUGUGUGCACACGCUCCAUUCUAGAGAUACCUGGCUGAAGGAAGCAAGAACUGUUCGACUAGGAGAAGAACCAUACAAGAUGGUGCUUGGUUUUUCCAACCGUUCUCGUAAAGCCAGGAUGAUGUCAGAGCAGAAAAAUGUCAAAGAUCUGGCUCUCUUUGGUCUCUGGCAAACUGAAGAGUACCAGCCUCCGAUCGCUGUUGAUGGCAAAGUACCUCGUAAUGAGUUUGGAAAUGUGUACCUGUUUAAGCCGUGUAUGUUACCAGUGGGAUGUGUUCACCUGCGUUUGCCAAAUCUGCACAGAGUUGCUCGAAAACUGAACAUAGAGUGUGCUGCAGCAGUAACAGGCUUUGAUUACCAUUGUGGAUUUGCACAUGCAGUUAAUGAUGGAUAUAUUGUCUGUGAAGAACACCAAGAAAUCCUGAAAGCUGCCUGGGAAAAUGAGCAAGAUAUUCAGCAGAAGAAAGAACAAGAGAAACGUGAGAAGCGUGUGGUGGCUAAUUGGACCCUGCUAGUCAAAGGUCUGUUGAUUAAAGAGAGGCUGAAGCGUCGCUAUGGGCAACAAUGGCUUGCUUCAGGGGUGGGGCUUAAUGAAGGAAAAGAAGGCGGGGCUGAAGGACUGUCCUCAGAUGAGGAAGAAGGCAGAGCACAGACAGCCCCACCUUCUCUGGCAAUUUCUUGGCCACAAAACAGACAGGAGGAACAGGAAGAAAAGAUUGUAAGGCGUGUAACUAAACGAGAGAAACGUGGAGCACAGAAACAUCUCUUCCCUUUCGAAAAAGCGUGAUGAAAUCUGCUCUCUAUGUACUUUAUGUACUCUGUCUUCUAAAUGUUUUUCUACAUUUAUAUGCAUAGAUUAUCAACAAAAGCCUGUUAACAUCCCUGUAUCACGAUGUAAUCCCUUACCCUUUUAUAACUGCUGUGCAUAUUCACAGGGAUUUUGAUCUACAAAAAUCUACAGAAAAAGUUCCAAGCAAUGCUUGUUUAGUGUCAUCUUUAUUCAUAAAUACACAUUUUUUUAUAAAACACGCUAUUGAAAAACAUAAAAAUAAAACAAUUA